GACGCGGAAGCAGAUCCAGUGGAUGUCUAGAUGUUCGGGCAGUCGUAAGGUUCAUAGUAGGACUCUAAUGUGCGCGCGACUUUUGAUCGUCGAAGUAGUGUCCGAGUCUCGUCGUUAGUCGAGUGUUUCCUUUGGGAAACCGAAGAGAAAAACUUAAACUGUUAAGUUGAUUUCGUUGAAUGCUUGAGUAAAGCAAAAGGAAAAAAAAUGCGAUUGUGCGUCGUUUAGUGAAAAAUAACUUGAACGAAAAAUCAUUAAAAAAAACUCCACUUCGAAAAAAAAAGAAGAAGCUAUUCCCGUAAAUUAAAUCUAAAUCAAUAACGAUGGGAGCCGAUUCCCAGAUGAAACCGAUUCCGUGUUCCUCGAAAACCACCGAUCUCAUCGAUGCGACGAUGACCGAGACAAAACAUUCGAAACCAAAUCACAGUAGUAUUCCUACCAUAAACGAACUACGGGAGGAACUAGUCAGCUACGAUUCUACCUUAGAUGUCAAACAGUUCCAGAAAGUCCUCUCCAGUUAUAGUAGUCUGACACACGAUGCAGAGGUGGACAAGAAGCUAAGAGAAAUUGGUUCGCAAACGCCUAUUCUACCCUCGGAGAUAGGGACGGAUUUCAACUUUAAGCGGGUAAUUGUGUGGAAAAAUGUGAUUGGUUUCGCGCUGUUGCACUUAUGCGGCUGGUUUGGUCUGCAUUUGGCCUUCUGGGGGUACUGCGACUGGAGGACGACACUGUAUACUGCCUGGCUGUUAUACAUGUCCGCCCAAGGAGUCACGAUGGGAGCACACCGGUUAUGGGCUCACAAAGCGUUCAAGGCCAAACUGUGGCUCAGAAUCUUGCUUCUGUGGCUGCACACGCUGGCAGGCCAGAACUGCCUAUAUGUUUGGGUACGAGAUCACCGGCAGCAUCACAAAUUCUCCGACACCGAUGCCGAUCCCCACAAUGCUAACCGUGGGUUCUUUUUUUCCCACGUCGGUUGGCUGCUCUCCCGCAAACAUCCUAAGGUCAUCGAAUACGGAAAGAAAAUCGACAUGUCCGACCUAGAAGCCGAUCCGUGGAUAAUGUUCCAAAAAGACCACUACAAACUACUGUACACCAUCUUUGCCUUAUUGGGUCCGACUGCAAUUCCGGUUCUCUGUUGGGGCGAAAGCAAAUGGUAUGCACUGUUCGUCGCCUUUUUCUUGCGCACCGUGUUGAGCCUGAACGGUACCUGGUCCGUGAAUAGCGCUGCUCAUAUGUUCGGAACCCGUCCGUACGAUAAAACAAUCUGGCCCGUAGAAAACAUGUUCGUGUCGUUUGUGGCCGUUGGUGAGGGUUGGCAUAAUUACCAUCAUGCUUUUCCGUGGGACUACCGUGCAUCCGAAUAUGGGACACCUAUGAAUCUCACCGGAACGCUGAUUGACUUCCUCGCUAAGUAUGGACAAAUCUGGGAUCGAAAAACCGCCACUUCGAACAUGGUAAAGAACCGUGUACUUCGCACUGGCGAUAAAUCUCACCAUACCUAUGGCACGGACGAGGGUCGCAAUGCGUUCACCACCGGGUUCGGCAUCUGGAGACACCCGUUGAAUCCUUCGUAUAACUCGAUCUACACGCCGAAACCGAAGAUCAUCCAGAGUGACGGUUAUGCGCUCGGUGAGGAGGAACUCAAAAAGUCAGAAAUGGAUGACGAUAUACUACAACGAGAAGCGGAAGAAUUGCUUCGUCGGCAGCAGGAAGAAGAAAAUCAGAAGACUGAAGCAAGUAAAAUCUACAGCAAAUUAUCCGCGUACAUCAAGGAGCAGCAGCCACAAAACCAAUCCAGUGAACAACCAGACAGCGAGCAUAGUGUUGAGAAGAAUGGCAAGUGCCAGUUGAACGUGGAUGGCAAUGAAAAUGUGAUAAAGCGAAAGAAUGUGACAGUACAGUAGUUUAGUCGUAGGGAUGGCGAAGAUUCGUUACUCUCUAAAAUCGCGGAACACCAUGUCUAAUCACUUUUAUACCGUCCGUGAUAAUUUACUGCGAUUGUUAAUGUUAAAUUAUCGAGAUGAAUGCCUUCUAGUAUUUUUAGUGAGUUUGUUUUCUUGAUCAAUUGAAAGCAGAAAUAAACCUUGUGAUGAUACAAGAAGUUCAAUGCGAAAAUAUUUCGUGAUCCAUCUGUGUCACGCAGAUUUUUAGUGUGUAGUAACAGAGUUCUUGAGUACUUUCAGAUCAUCGUUGGGGUGGAAAAUUAGUGCAUAAAUCAUCAUUAAAAUAGUUUCAAUACUAAGCUUUGUGUGAAAAAAAAUCUUUCAAUUAAUUCCAUUGAUUGUGUUAUGGAGCAUAAAAAUUGACAGUAGUUAGCAUUAGUUAAGUAAUACUAAAAGA